UUUAUCGAGUAGCCAAGACCAUAAGGUCCUCCUGCAAGUAGUUCCAGAUCCCUCUGUUUCUGAAGGAGAUGAUCCAAAUGACAGGGAACAACAUUUAGGGAACAGCAGAGAGUUGAACCUCCCAAGAACAAUCCAAAAACUUGGUACUCAUCAAAAAGAACUAUUAUCUUUACUAGUAGGUGAAGAGAUUAGUUCAGAAGGUCAGGACAGAAGAGGAGACGUUUCAGUUGCUGGUAAGACUCUGGUUUGGGAACAUAUACAAGGUUCCUUUGGAAGGAGCAGAUAUUCUGAAAACUGGAGUGAGAUUUUUAAGCAGGUUCCACCGCUUUCAGCACUUCACAUACCCUAUUAUGGUGACUCCACUAGUAACAUUUCCCUGAAAGGCUUGAAUAAUUUGUCAGGUGGCACCUCUGCAGCUCAGUUCUUGCACCGAAUGGACAUUUACUCUUCGUUGACCAAACCAUCAGAGGUGGUUGAGGAGUCUCGCAUGUCUGGAGUGGACCCAGCUUCCAAAGGUGAAGUUGUUGCUUCACAGUCUUCCAGUGCUGAAGCUCCAGGUAGCCGGGGGAUGCAGUGGUUCCCAGAGUUGCACCCCAAUUAUGCUGAACUGGGUUUGCUUCCAGAAAGAAAAGAUCAAUGGGACACAGAAAGAAGACCAAUCCAGACCAAGAUGUCCACAAACAUACAGCAUGAUACCCCUUUAACAUCAAGACCCCUGAUGGACGUCCGACUUGGAGAACUUCCCUCUUGGCUGGCAAACAAACAAAUUUCCAUGAAUUCGUUACAAAAAACAGUACAAAAAGCCUGGUACCGUUACUACAAUAAGUACAUCAACGUGAAGAGAGGGAGCGUGGGGGGCCUGACCAUGCUGCUGGCUGGAUAUUGUGUCCUCAGCUACACGUGGAACUACAAACACAUCCAACAGGAUCGCAAAAGGAAGUACCAUUGAGGACUCACAGGGUUUAUAGCUGCCGCUGGAAUUCUGACACUAUGGCUCUGCUGCGCAUGGGCCAACGUUAUCCCCAAUCCGGCAUCAUGGUUAUAUUUUCGUGAGUGGUGAAUUUGCUGUGUUUUAACACUCCUUAAAGAAUUCUUUGAACCUACCCCACUGACUUAUAGAAUGAUCAAGGUAUAUAUAUAUAUAUAUAUUUGUAUAGUUUUAUUUAGGAGGCCAAGUUUGAGUGAGAAAAAUAAUCAAUAAUUAAACAUUUC